GGAAUGCUGAGGCGACAUCCUUGCCCUGAUGGUGAGGGUAAGAAACAAACCGAAGGUGAGCUGCACCCUCGCCGCCGUAUAUAAGCCACGAGGCCCAGCGGUCCACAUCACAGCUCACUCCGCCGCCAUGAAGACCGUCAUCCUCGCCUGCCUGGCCGCCGUCGCCAUCGCCGCCCCUCAGUUCGGCAAUGAACCCAGGCGGCCGGUCAUCCAGGUGCUGCGGUACAGCAGUGCUGACGAUGGCAACGGCAACUUCAACUACGAGUACGAGGGCGAGAACGGCAUCUACAAGAGCGUGGUGGGCACGCCCGGCGCUGCUGGACAGAGCAACAUGAGGGGUGUGUUCAGAUAUCCCCUCGACGACGGCAGGAUCGCCGAGGUCACCUUCACUGCUGACGAGAACGGCUACCGCGCUGAGUCUCCGAUCAUCCCCGCCAUACCCGCCCACGCCCUGGAGCAGAUCCGCAUCGCCGAGGAGCAGCGCGCCAGGGGCAUCACCUUCGACCAGCAGGGAAGAAGAAUCAACCCCUAGACACUCCACACUCCUGAGCCAACAACGGUGACUGACUCUGUUGCUUCCAUGCCUCCCCCUCACUAACACUGACCUGACCCGUGAAUUCAUCUUGUAUUGUCCUGGCGUCCUUGUACGGGUCAUUGGUCUCCCAUAAGCUCUCGGCCAGGUGGACUUGGCGCACAAUAUUGUAAAGAAACCAAUAAAAACAUCAGUAAAAA